AUGCCCUGUGCGUUCACACAUCAUAAUGAUCGCGAUGAAUUGCGGCAGAUACAACAAUCUUUCUCUGCAAGUCCAAAAUUCCUCUACUUUUAUCUUUCCAUCAAGAUUGAACUGGAUCGACUUUAUCCGGGUGCAGAACUUGACCUAUAUUCCUGCUGCUCAGGAAAUGGAACCUACUGGUUUAUGUCAAAGCGUUUUGAAUACGUUGAGCUGAAUGAAGUCGGCUUGGCAUACGAAGGUGAAUUUGAUGCAGAACAAUUCACUAAAGCAUUCGCUAUGUUUCUGGAUGUUAGCAACAUAUUUCCCAGUCCAAUUGUAUUUGUUGGCGAAAAGAUGCUCGUGGAUGAAAUGGAGAAGUUCCUACAAAACCGUUCGCACAAUUUUUCGGGAAGUGCACAUCCCACACUUGUUUUCUACAUGACAGAAGCUCAAAUGGAAGCCGUCAAAAAUGUUGAGCUACCUCAGUUACCGGAUGGGUAUGAAAUAGGGUCAGCGGAUCCGCUCAAAGAUAGCGAAACUAUCACUUCUCAUUGGCGACACGCUAAAAAAGGUGACAUAGAAGAGACACGGACGAAAUUAACCUGUCUACCGUCCAGUUGCAUUCGAUACCAGGGAAAACCCGUCGCUUUCGAGAUGAUGUCUCAAUCAGGAUCGCUCAAUCAUCUCUUUGUGGUUGAGGAGCAUCGACGAAAAGGUUUAGGACAAAUUGUGGAGCUUGAUCUAAGCCAAAAAGCAAUAAGAUUUGGUUUGAAAGUGUGCAAAUACGUCGAGCCGUUCAACAAAUCGCUCAUUGAUUCCACAACUAGAUCACCAUAUUGGACAAGAGCCAAGCACGAUAACGGUGACGACCUUAUAAAUGUCUACUACGUUCUGAGAUUUGAAUAA